AUGACUUCGGCCGAGCGUCUUCGGAAGGACCCCGACACCGAGGCGCGCGAGGUCAACAGGCAAGUCGCCGUUUUGAAGGCUAAGGAAACUGAACUCCGCCAGCUAGACAAGGACGUUCUCGACCUCACGGAAGAUGAAGCUAUUGAAGCCGAAGUCGAGGGUGCAACCGACUACCACGAUAAGAUUCUGUACGCGAUAGCUGACGCGCAGUUCUUCUUGUCUCAGCGAGAACAGUCGACUCAUCUCAGCGAGCCGUCUAGGAGUCGACCCAAUGGCGACCGGGUAGCAGCCACCCAGAGCAACAUCGAAUCUGUUGGGGCGCCGCCAGGGCCCGUCAGUACGCCACGCUACCGGUCGGUCGCGCUUCCGACGCUUCAGGUCCCGACGUAUGCCGGAGAUUUACGUCAGUGGCUAGAAUUCUGGGACCAUUACAGUGCCACGAUUCACGAGAACACCGAGUUGCCGCCCAUCGAGAAAUUUAAGUAUUUGCUGACGUACCUGACGGGAGCGGCCAAGCGAGCUAUCGAAGGCAUCAGGCUGGCUGAUAACAACUAUGAAAUUGCUGUGACAACACUAAAAGAGCGCUUCGGUCGACAGGAAUUACUAGUCAACGAGCACAUCGACCAGCUUCUUGCAUUGUCGCCCGUGAGGAGUUCCAAGGAAGUGGAGAAGCUUCGUGUGCUGCAUGACACCGUGCGUUUCCGCGUAAGUGCGCUCGAAGGUCUUGGUGUACCACCUGAGCAGUACACUGUGGUGCUGCAUCGGGUGCUAAUGAGGUGCUUGCCAGAAGACUUGGCGAUAAUGUACCGACAGAAGAAGAAGGAGGAGAGCACGCGCGGUACUAAUGCAUCAACAGAGCCCACACCCCCUGAAGCGAGAACGCACAAGGCGACCGACAUUUUAGCGUUUCUUAAAAUCCAGGUUGAAGUGCGUGAGGAAGGGAAGCAAGAAGCGGCGUCAUCGUAUACGCACAACUCGAUCACGUUCGGGCCGCAGAAACAAAGAUCACCGCAGAUGUCCAAGCUCUUCGUGGAGGACACAACGCCAUUUCGCUGCGGUGAAGCGCGGGCGGGAAAACCUGAAGGUGGAGCACACCACCAGUGCCGUGCCAGGAUGGAAACGGCGGAGAUGGAGACUCGCAAAUCAUUUUUAUGCCACAUCGGAGCGCGCUACCACCCGGACCAGGCUUCAACGCAGGUUCAUAUUGGAGACGCGGGAAUAGUGAACGAAGACAACACUGCUCCGAUGUUCUGGAAACUCGGGCGAGUGACGUCGCUGCCUCCCGGACGAGACGGGGUAGCUAGAGCCUGCUCCGUACGUUUGGCUAUACGGGCCACGUGGUGA